AUGAUUGUACAAAGGAUUGUGGGCCAUGUAAACAGCAACCAUGUAACAAAACUGAUGGCUCUUGCACGGGUGGCUGUGUUGAAGGAUACACUGGAGAUAAAUGUGACCAAGAAUGGCUCUUGUGUGCUUGGAUGUAAACCUGGAUAUGAUUAUAGGAACAGCACAAACUGCAUAGUUGAAUGCGACCCUGGCUAUUACGAUGAUUGUACAAAGGAGUGUGGACCAUGUACACAGCAACCAUGUAACAAAACUGAUGGCUCUUGCACGGGUUGCUGCGCAGAAGGAUACACUGGAGAUAAAUGUGACCUAACUUGUUUGAAAGGCUAUUAUGGGAAAAACUGCAGCGAAGCAUGUUCACAGAAUUGUAAGAGCGAAUAUUGCGACCCCCAGAAUGGCACUUGCGUGCUUGGAUGUAAUCCUGGAUAUGAUUAUAGCAACAGCACAAACUGCUCAAUUGAAUGCGAACCUGGAUUUUACGAUGACUGUACAACGGAGUGUGGGCAAUGUGAAGUGCAACCAUGUAACAAAACUGAUGGCUAUUGCACGGGUGGCUGUGCGAAAGGAUACACUGGAGAUAAAUGUGACCAAGAUUGUUUGAAUGGCUAUUAUGGGAAAAACUGCAGCGAAGCAUGUUCACAGAAUUGUAAGAACGAAACUUGCGACCCCCAGAAUGGCACUUGCGUGCUUGGAUGUAAUCCUGGAUAUGAUUAUAGCAACAGCACAAACUGCUCAAUUGAAUGCGAACCUGGAUUUUACGAUGACUGUACAACGGAGUGUGGGCAAUGUGAAGUGCAACCAUGUAACAAAACUGAUGGCUAUUGCACGAGUGGCUGUGCGAAAGGAUACACUGGAGAUAAAUGUGACCAAGAUUGUUUGAAUGGCUAUUAUGGGAAAAACUGCAGCGAAGCAUGUUCACAGAAUUGUAAGAACGAAACUUGCGACCCCCAGAAUGGCACUUGCGUGCUUGGAUGUAAUCCUGGAUAUGAUUAUAGCAACAGCACAAACUGCUCAAUUGAAUGCGAACCUGGAUUUUACGAUGACUGUACAACGGAGUGUGGGCAAUGUGAAGUGCAACCAUGUAACAAAACUGAUGGCUAUUGCACGAGUGGCUGUGCGAAAGGAUACACUGGAGAUAAAUGUGACCAAGAUUGUUUGAAUGGCUAUUAUGGGAAAAACUGCAGCGAAGCAUGUUCACAGAAUUGUAAGAACGAAACUUGCGACCCCCAGAAUGGCACUUGCGUGCUUGGAUGUAAUCCUGGAUAUGAUUAUAGCAACAGCACAAACUGCUCAAUUGAAUGCGAACCUGGAUUUUACGAUGACUGUACAACGGAGUGUGGGCAAUGUGAAGCGCAACCAUGUAACAAAACUGAUGGCUAUUGCACGGGUGGCUGUGCGAAAGGAUACACUGGAGAUAAAUGUGACCAAGAUUGUUUGAAUGGCUAUUAUGGGAACAACUGCAGUAAAGAAUGUUCACAGAAUUGUAAGAACGAAACUUGCGACCCCCAGAAUGGCACUUGCGUGCUUGGAUGUAAUCCUGGAUAUGAUUAUAGCAACAGCACAAACUGCUCAAUUGCGAAGCAUGUCCACAGAAUUGUAAGAACAAAUCUUGUGACCCCCAGAAUGGGUCUUGCGUGCUUGGAUGUAAUCCUGGAUAUGAUUAUAAAAACAGCACAAACUGCUCAAUUGAAUGCGAACCCGGAUUUUACGAUAAUUGUACAACGAGGUGUGGGAAAUGUGAAGUGCAACCAUGUAACAAAACUGAUGGCUAUUGCACGGGUGGCUGUGCAGAAGGAUACACUGGAGAUACAUGUGACCAAGAAUGCGAACCUGGAUUUUACGAUGACUGUACAACGGAGUGUGGGCAAUGUGAAGUGCAACCAUGUAACAAAACUGAUGGCUAUUGCACGGGUGGCUGUGCAGAAGGAUACACUGGAGAUAAAUGUGACCAAGCCCUUACUGACGGUCACAGAGAUCAAAAAGCUUCUAACGCCGGUGCAAUUGCUGGAGGUGUAA